CAACUGAUGGUUUAGAGAAAAUUAAGAAACUUUUGUUGGUGGUUUCAUCAUAGCUGUAGAUAAGAGAAGAGAAGAAAAAAGAAAUCUUUCAAAUUAUCUUUUUUUCCAAUUCAGAGAAAGAGAAGCAAAGAGGGAGAAAGAUAGAUGUGGCUCCCCAAGGGAAAUACAGAAAGGAAAGAAGAAGGAAAUGGAUUGGUUGCAGUUGCAAUUGACAAGGACAAAGGGAGCCCAGCUGCUUUGAGAUGGGCACUUGAUCAUCUUCUCAGCAGGGGCCAAACGGUGCAUCUAGUUCAUGUAAACCAAAGAGUAUCAUCUAUUCCUGGCCCAAUGGGCAAUCAUGUCUCCAUUUCUGAUGUCAGAGACAAUGUCGCAUCGGCAUACAGAAGCCAACUUGAUGCUCAAAACAGGGAAUUGUUCCUUCCCUUUCGCUGCUUUUGCACAAGAAAAGAUGUACAAUGCAACGAUGUCAUAAUCGAAGAUAUGGAUGUAGCAAAAGCCAUUAUCGAGUAUGUCUCCCAUUCCGCAAUUGAGAAUUUGGUUGUUGGUGCCUCAACAAGGAAUGCAUUUCUCAGAAGAUUCAAGAGUACAGACAUUCCCGGAAGCAUAUCAAAAGGAGCACCAGAUUUCUGCACAGUGUAUGUCAUCUCCAAAGGCAAGAUCGCAUCUGUCCGAUCUGCCUCCCGUCCUGCACCAACCAUCUCCCCACUACGGAAUCAAAUGCAAUUGCAGAACCAGGCCAACACCCUUGAACAAUCGGAGUCACAAUUCACCCAUAGUACUUCAAAAGGAGCCCUGAUGAAAUCCUUUGAGCCCUCUCCCAUGCAUGAUGAAAUAGAUCACAUCAGGUCACCAUUUAGCAGAGGAAGGGGUCUAACUGGAAAAUCUUAUGGGGACCUCCCAGCUCCGGAUACUGACAUAUCAUUUGUGAGCUCUGGCAGGCCAAGCAUAGACCGCAUGUUCCCUUCUCUCUAUGACCACCUGGAGUCUGGUCGGACCCCACGACUAUCAACAAGUUCAGACAUUGAAAAACGAAGCUUCGAAAUAUUACGACCAGGAAAUAAGUCAGCAAAUGAUUACCAAUUUCAGGAGUUCUCAACUUUCUCCCAAGAUAGUGGAGGAUCAUCAUAUUCAUCAUCACAGAACAUGGAAGAUGUUGAAGCUGAAAUGAGAAGGCUGAAGCUAGAGCUCAAACAAACAAUGGAUAUGUAUAGUACAGCCUGCAAAGAAGCACUCACAGCAAAACAGAAGGCAAGGGACCUCCAUCGCUGGAAAAUGGAAGAGGAACAAAAAUUUGAAGAGGCACGGAUGGCCGAGGAAGCUGCACUUGCAAUUGCAGAGAGGGAGAAAGCUAAGUGCAGAGCAGCCAUCGAGGCAGCUGAAGCAUCACAAAGAAUUGCAGAACUGGAAGCACAAAAGAGAGUGAACGCAGAGAUGAAAGCCCUCAAAGAGUCAGAGGAGAAGAAGAAGGUGUUGGAUGCUCUUGCACAUUCUGACGUUAGGUACAGGAAAUACACUAUUGAGGAGAUUGAAGCAGCAACAGAAUUUUUCAUUGAUUCUAGAAAGAUUGGGGAAGGUGGUUAUGGACCAGUAUAUAAAUGUUAUCUGGAUCAUACACCAGUUGCAAUUAAGGUUCUGCGUCCAGAUGCAGCACAGGGUCGGUCACAGUUCCAGCAGGAGGUUGAAGUACUAAGCUGCAUACGCCAUCCAAACAUGGUUCUCCUCCUGGGAGCCUGCCCAGAGUAUGGGUGCCUAGUCUAUGAAUACAUGGCCAAUGGAAGCCUAGAAGACCGUCUCUUCCGAAGAGGAAACACUCCGGUUCUUUCAUGGCAGCUCAGGUUCCGAAUAGCAGCAGAGAUUGGUACUGCCUUGCUCUUCCUCCACCAAACCAAGCCAGAGCCACUAGUGCACCGUGAUCUAAAACCCGCUAACAUCUUGCUUGAUCGCAACUAUGUUAGCAAGAUUAGUGAUGUUGGGCUGGCGAGGCUUGUCCCUCCUUCUGUUUCCGAUACCGUAACACAGUACCGCAUGACAUCAACAGCGGGAACUUUCUGCUAUAUAGAUCCUGAGUACCAGCAAACAGGCAUGCUUGGCAUAAAAUCAGAUAUCUACUCCCUCGGUAUAAUGCUUCUACAAGUCAUAACAGCCAAGCCACCAAUGGGCUUGACACACCAUGUUCAACGAGCUAUUGAGAAGGGAACAUUUGCUGAGAUGCUGGACCCUGAAGUGCCCGACUGGCCAUUUGAAGAAGCACUGUCCUUUGCUAAGCUAGCAUUGGGGUGUGCAGAGUUAAGACGGAAAGACCGGCCAGAUCUUGGCAAGGUUAUCUUGCCAGAACUCAAUAGACUUCGAGAACUUGCUGAGGAAAACAUGCCAAUUAUAGUAGGAAGUAGUCCAUCGCCCACCCACAGCCAAAUUUCAAUGCGCCAAGAAGUGAUGAGUGACCCUAUUCUUCCACACUCUGGAUAUGAUAGCUCUAGGAGUCGAUCAAGCGGAUCAUCCAUGCCUGGAAGACGAUCAAAUCCAGAGAUGUGAAAUCAAAGGGAAUUGGACAAGCUUUUUCCACCAAUAUUGGUGUAGGAAAAUCUAAGUUGUGGAGUGGAAACAAUUCCUCAUCAUACAUGUACAAAUUGUAAGGCUGGUCUAGUUGGAUAGAAUACUUUUAAUUCUCUUAUAGACAAAUAAGGUAGGUAUGCUCGAUAAGGCUCCCCAGGUGCAUAUCAUCUUGUUCAUUCAUACCCAAGAAAUGGGUUUCAAUUUUAAGGUGUGGAAGCAAAUGGCCACAAGAGCCAUAAUGGUCCAUUGCCUCUGUUGACCUAAAUGUUUGUUUCAUGUGAAGGA